AUGGAUACAGAAGGAGACCUUUUGAUCACGAAGGCCACAGUCAUCCUCGAGAGACCAGGCGACUGGCAGAGGUGGCUAUUUUUGAGGAAGGAUAGUGCUGAGAGGAACGACCUCUGGCAGUACGUAGAUCCUUCGCUCAAGGCAGAGCAAGUGAAAAGGAUAGAGCAGGAGAAACCUCAAGAGAAGGAAGUUGAGGAGUUCUAUACAGGAGCCCCUCGAGCAGAGGACCAGGAGACUACAAUCCUUGAUCUCUCUGAGAAGGACGUCUCACGCUAUGAGCUCUGGCUCAAAGUCUAUAUUAGAAGAGAGGCUCAGUGGAGCAAGAAAGAGAAGGCGCUGAGGGAAUUCAAUCACGAGAUCUCUCGUACAAUUGCUUCUCGGCAUAUCCACCUUAUCUCAGACUGCUCAACGCCGUACGAUCGUUUAAGAGCUCUUAAGAAGCACCUCUGUCCCAGCACCUCAGAGCGGAACUAUCAGCUAAGAGCCCAUUAUCAGGGGCUGCUUACUGUGCCAAAGAGGAGCAACCUGGAUAGCUGGUUUGAGGACUGGCUGGAUACAACCCGGCUGAUGAAGGAGGCAGCUCUACCUGAGAUUGCAGGGAGCAGAGCUCAGGAAGACUUUAUCCGAGCUAUCAGAGGCCUUGAUGAGAGCUGGGCUACUCACCAGCUGACAGAGCUCAUACGAAAGGAUCAAGAUGAAACAGAGUUCACAGGGAUAUCAGACCUAGUAGCUGAGUAUCGGUCCUACUAUCGGCGCAUUCGGCCUAUAGCCUCAAGCCUUGGCAGCUUUGCUACUCUCGGCGUCGCAGAACAGUCUCAGCGCAAGCAUCAGAGCAAGAGUGCUCAAGGACUAGCUCAAACACAAGGCUCAUCAGAACAGGGCAAGCAAGUUCCAAUCUGCGUAUGUGGAGAACAACAAAAGUUUCAAGACUGCCCGUAUAUCAAUCCCGCCCGCAGGGAUCCUAGCUGGCAGCCUAAUCAGCAGAUUGUUAAGAAAUUUGAAGAUCUAAGAGCUGAGCAAUCGUCAAAGGCCUCAAUACUGCGGCGAGUUGAGGAGAAGCUGAGAAAAGGACGCUCACAGUCCACUAGCCAGAGAUCGGGAGGUCUACACGAUGAUGGAGCGCCUCAGUCGCAGAACAGCUCAGCCUCAUAUGCAGUACUGCAGACUGCAAUCACUUCAAUACCCAAGGAUCAUCCGCCUCUCAUCAAUCGAUGGAUACUUGAUCCAGGUUCGAACGCUCAUGUAGCAAACUCUCGAUCGUUCGGAUGGAGAACGACAGCUCAGGCUCAACAAGGAGAGUGUGUGUAUGCAGGAGGACAGCUGCUGCAGAUUGAAGAGUGGGGUGAGGUAGAGCUCCAGGUGGACACGCCAUCAGGAAGACAGCCGUUCAAGCUCACCUACGUCGCCUACAUUCCAGGUUUCUUCACAAAUGUCGUUGGCCUGUCACGCUGCAGGAGCCUCAACAUACACUUCAACUCUGGAAAGAAUUGUCUCUACCAGCGUGUUCCCUCUAAUCCUGUGUGCUACCUUGAGUAUAAGGACGGUCACUGGUUGAUCGAUGUGGAUGAGAAGGCACGUCCACCUCCUAGAGCUCUGCAGGCAGCAGCAGUGUCAGGAUAUCGAUCCAAACCUUCGCAUACGGAGAGAAAGCCUCUGGAAUUGAGCAGCGAGCGUGCUCAUAGGCUCCUCGGCCAUGCGAGCUAUGAGGCAAUCUCUCAUCUCUCUCACAGUGUUGAGGGGGUGAGAAUAGCUCAAGAAGAUCAGCAGUCAACGUCGUGGAAGGAUUGUGAUGUUUGCAUCAAGGCAAAGCUUCACAAGCUCAUUAGCAGGCGUGUGCCUCAGGAUAUAGCUAUGCGGCCGUUCUAUCGCAUUGGGAUGGACCUGAUCCAGCUCCAAGAGCGAGGAGAGCAGUGCUACAACAGAGAUCAGUGGCUGCUUCAUGCAGUAGAUCAGAGCACAAAAUGGCAUGAAGGCACCUGCCUCACAGAUAAAUCAGGACCUACGCUCAAGCAAGCAGUCCAGCGUCUGCUCUCUAAGAUUCAACGACAGUUCAAACAGGUCGUGGUAGCGAUCAAGCUCGACAGCGAGCGAGGAUACUCAGUCCUGUACGAGCUACUUAGGGACCUCGGGAUUGCUAUUGAACCUCGAGCUCCGUAUACUGAGGAGCAGAAUGGAAUGACAGAGCGAGCAGGAGCAACAAUCAUUGCACGAGCGCGAGCAAUCAGACUUGAAGCAAGCUUGCCAAAGGAGCUAUCAAACGAGUGUGUGAUGACAGCGAUAUACUUGCUGAACAGGACUCCUGUCAAGGCUCUCACAUGGGGGACUCCCUUUGAGGCAGUACAUGGAGUGAAGCCAUCUCUAGCUCAUCUUAAUGAGAUAGGAGCCAGAGCGUAUACACUCAACCACGCGCUCAAGCAAGGAGAUAAACUCGAAUCAAGAGCUCUUAUAGGACAGCUCGUUGGCUACGACUCAACCAAUAUCUACAGGAUCUGGAUACCUACACUCAGCAGGGUGAUUAGGACGAGAGACGUCGUGUUCAUGCCUCUAGAGCAAGUAGGGAAGAACGACUAUCCCAAGGAGAGAACGCUCAGGCAGCUUGUCGCUGUACUAGAUAUCGAGGACCCACCUACCGCAGACGAGGAGAUUGAUCAAGCUCUCCAUCUAUCGACUCGGUUGACGCAGGAGAUCCAGGAGUCCGAGGAAGCUGAGACUCAAUCAUCUAAUGAGCUCCAGCAUCAGGAGCAAAGACACAGAGCCUUUGACAAAGGAUACCAAAGCUUACCAAGCCCUGAGGAAACUCCAGAACUAGAGGUUCUUGAAUCAGAGGAGGUACAAACUGAGAGUCCUAUGCCUCGAGGCUGGCAGACAGUAACUCAGGAUGAGGAAGCACCUGAUCGUGUGAACAAUAACGCUCCUAGAAGGGAAGAGAUCAGCGGUCAGCUUGAUCGCGGAAAUAUCAUCACAGGGAGAAGAACUAGAGGAAUGCCAGGAGCAUAUGUAACCUCGUUCAUGAGCUUUAUUGUAAACCAGCCAAAGCAGAGGUUGCACCGCGAUCACUUGCCUCAGCCACCAAAGCACUGGAAGGACCUCCGGAAGCACCCAUUCCAUCAGGAGUUCGGCCAGGCGGCAGAACAGGAGCUUGAUAGCUGCUUUAUCAAAGGCUGCUUUGUUCUAACACCAGCAAGAGAGGAGGACGUGCAGGAGGAGAUACUGCCUCUUAUGUGGGUUUUCUCCUACAAGUUCGAUGAGGACGGGUAUCUCUGUAAGCACAAGGCUAGACUAGUAGUAAGAGGUGAUCUACAGGACGAUUGGGGUGAUACAUACGCGGCCACUUUGGCUGCUCGAGUAUUCAGGUUCCUGAUGGGAAUCACUGCGGCCUUUGGCCUCAACGCCUACCAGUACGACGUACGGAACGCCUUUCUCAACGCGCCUCUUGAUCGGAAGCUAUAUGCGCGUACACCUGAGGGCUUCACACAAGAUCUCGGUAAGCUCCUUGAGCUCAAGCGAGCCCUCUAUGGCCUCAAGGAUGCUCCUCUCCUGUGGUACAACCAUCUCAAGGAGACGCUCAAGAAACUUGGCCUCAAGCCUGUUGAGGGGGUGCAAUGCCUCUUUACAAACGCUAGACUACUUGUGUUUUUCUACGUUGACGAUAUCGUCGUCCUUGUACACCCAUCUUAUCUCUCAUACUACACUCAGUUUGAGCAGGAACUCAAGAAGGAGUAUGAGAUCAGAUGUCUAGGAGAGCUGCGCUGGUUCCUUGGAAUUCGUGUUUUAAGGGAUAAGCCUAAGAAGAGAAUCUAUCUGAUCCAGGAUUCUUUUAUUGACAAGGUCACCUCGAAAUUCGAGAUCAAGCCUAGUAAUCGGGGGACAGGAGCUCCUCUGGCUGAGGACUAUCUCGAGGCAAGCAACGAGCCUCAGAACGAUCACCGAACAAGGAUGUACCAGCAGCUCGUAGGCUCGCUUGCCUAUAUAUCAACCUUCACUCGCCCUGAUGUAGCACGCGCCCAUUCAGUACUCGCGAGGCAUCUCCAGAACCCUGGCCAGAAGCACAUUGGCGCAGCGUAUCAGGUAUGGCGAUACCUACUCAGGACGAAGUACCUUGCCAUUAGUGCCUCAGGAGAUAAUCUACAGAACAGCUAUUAUCUCACCAAGCCUGAGGAGGCAGGAGAUGAGCUGAUAUUUUAUGGUGCAUCAGAUGCAGCGUUUGCCGACGACCCAGAGAGGAAAAGCUCUCAAGGCUAUUUGUUCAGCCUGUACGGGCUACCAAUCGAUUGGAAGGCUACCGUACAGAGGUCGGUGACCAAGUCGACGACUGAGGCUGAGCUACUUGCCCUCUCACUAGCAGGCAGCGAGCUAAUCUGGUGGAAAAGACUGUUCAAGCAAGUCAACUUUGAGCUUGGUAUUCGACCUACUCUCUUCUGCGAUAACCAGCAAACAGUUAGGAUCAUCAACAAGGCAGAAAACCGGCUUAAUACAAAGAUGAGGCACGUAGAUACUCAUCAGAUGUGGCUGCGUCAGGAGGCAGAGGCAGGUCAUCUUCAAGUAAACUGGAUGGCUACGAAUCAGAUGCCAGCUGAUGGCCUUACUAAGUUACUCAGUAGCCAGAAGCACUCUACUUUUGUAGAGCAGCUAGGCCUUAUUAAUAUCAGCGAGCUACUUCAAGGACGCUCAGGGGGUGAAGAGAACUCUCACUCUCUGUAUCAGCAUCAGCUAUAG